AGUUUAGCUGUUAUUUCCGAGAAUAUUAUCUUAGCUCUGAAUGAAGACUACUUAUCAAAAGACAGUAAUGUAAAUUUACAAGAUGGCGAUGAAAUAGCAGUAAUACCACCUAUCAGUGGAGGGUAAUUGAAAUGGCAAAUCAUGUAGAAAUAAGAGAGAACAAACUAGAUCUUGAAAAAAUAACUAGUACUGUGACAUCACCCAGCUGUGGAGCUGUGUCUGUGUUUAUAGGAACUACAAGAGAUAAUUUUGAUGGCAAGAGAGUGAAAACAUUAGAAUAUGAAGCUUACAUUCCUAUGGCAAAAAAGAAAAUGUCUGAAGUUUGUCAGCAGAUAAGAGAAAAAUGGGAAGUGGAAAAAAUUGUUAUGGAACAUAGAAUAGGACUUGUCCCAGUAACAGAGGCUAGCAUCAUUAUAGCUAUAUCAUCACCACAUAGAAAGGAAAGUUUAGACGCUGUUCAAUAUGCUAUAGAUACUGUUAAGGCUAUUGUUCCAGUAUGGAAAAAGGAAAUAUAUGAAGAUGAAUCAUCCCAGUGGAAAGAGAAUAAAGAAUGUUACUGGAAGUCUUCCUGACAAGGUGUCUUAAGACAAUUGUGUUAAUAACUUGUCUCUAAGUUCAAAGAAUAAUUAAACUGACAGUAAAGUAAUGUUUGUUAUAUUUCUUAAGAGUUUGUACACAUGAAAGUGUGUUUUGGUCAUAAAUAGGUCACUUUAUGUUUUUGGUCUUGAACAUAUUGGUGUGAUCUCCCCAGAUCUAUCUGUCUUGAAAACUUGCUAGAUAAUGGUCAAACAAUUCAUAAAUCAUCAAAACAUCAAAACUUCUCUACGAAUCUUUCCAAGUUUUAUUUUAUUACAGUUAAUACAUGAACUUACCUGUUUGUGUUAUAUGUUUUAAUUGAAAAAAAAAUGAGAAGGGAGACAAUUCAUUGAAUAUUUUAAAACUUUUUUGAAAUUUUGUUUUAUGUGAAUUUAAUAUCAAGAAAAAUGUAUUUUCUGUAUAAAUUUCCAUUAAAUUACCAUAGUCAACUUAGUCAUUGCAAAUCAUACCACAUCUCCUAAUUUUGAUAUUAGCUGAAAAUUAUCUUGAAUAUGCCAGAUUUAUAACCAAGGUGAACUUUAGAAAAAAUUAUCUGGAAUAUAUCAAAUUCUGUAGGAAGCAGGUCUUGUACUUUAUUAUGGUGAGUUGAACAAUAUAUUACCGGUAAGUGAUUUUCAUUUCUGCUGGGCAGUCACUUCCUGUUUGAUGGUACUUUUCAAUUUAAAUUUUACCCACAGUGCAUGGAGUUUUGGCGACAUGUUACUCAGCUUUUGUAUUAUUGAAUACUAUAUCUGAAGCAUUAUACUGUUGAUUUGUACAGUAUAAGUGAUUUUUGUAUUAACUGGGUAGUCAUUUCCUGUUCUUGAUAGUUUGAACUUUUAUGAUACUCACUUCUUGUCUAACAAUGAGUGAGGGUUUGCACAACAUUAUUUGCACUUUCUUGAUCACAAUUUCAUGCCAGAGUGAAACCAAGUCAGCAUGAUAUUUAGUAUUGAAUGAAUUAUAAAUUGGACAGUCUAUGUGUUUAACUGUCCCUUCAGCUGAAUUUUUCAAAAAAAAGUUUGCUUUAAUAAUAGCAUUGGAGUCUUUUGCUUUCUGUUGAAUUUACUUGUAGAAAUGUUUAUAUUGUUAUUAUUACAAAAUAAUUAAAAGGAAAAAUUCAUCAUUAAUUAUAUUUUAUAUUGUAAAUGUAUAUCUUUUGUUUUAUUAGAUAUGAGUUUUUUUGAAUGUGUAGUGAUAUACGUGCAGUUGGUUGCUACAAAUUAUGUAUAUUGUCAUAUCAGAUCAAAUCUAUAUCUUAAUCUUAAUUUAUUCUUCUAGCUUGUGUUUUCUUUCAAAAAAAAACACUCAAUCUUUAAUUUAAAAUGCAGAGAUAAAAAUUCUAGAAGAGUUACAUAUUUUGCAAUAAAACUAUAUAUUCAUCAACUAUGUGCAAAUAGAAAUAAUCAUUGUAUGAAUCUUGUGUAUGUAUCUUGUACAAAGUAUAUUAAGGUGUAAACCAUACAAUAUAUAAGUAUAUGUACAGCUGAUAAAUCAAAUGAAAAAAAAGGCGAAAGAUACCAAAGAUAUAUUCAAACUCAUAAGUUAGUGACAAACCGACAACGCCACAGCAAAAAAUGAAAAAUGACACAAGACAGACAACCAUCUACAAAGCACAACAUAGAAAACUAAAGACUGAGCAACACAAACCCUAUAUAUAACCUGGGGUGAUCUCAGGUGCUCUGGAUGGGAAAGCAGAUCCUGCAUCUACACAUGGCACCCAUUGUGUUGCUCAUGCAUGUACACAUUCUGUAAGAAGUCUAAACCGGUGAUGUCACAUUUAAGGAAAAGAGGAUGGGUUUGUGAUUAUGACAAUUGGAACAUAUCCGUCCUCAUGUGUGAAAUCUGCAAUAAGAAUUUAUGACAUCACAGUUACACACAUUGCAUCCCAUCAAAGCAUGGUCCAUGGUGGAAGGUUUUGUUUCCCAAUAAAGCAAGAUCCAUAAUGUAAGGUUUAACUUAAAGAGCAAAUUAAAUAUUUUUUAAGUAUAGAUAUGAUAGCUGUCUGAAAAAGAUUAAACAUGGGAAAAUGUUUAGUACAAUAUUAGCUAAAAAUCAGGGGGAAAUUUCUUAAAUUAUUUUCAUAACUUGAACAUUUAAAAAAAAUGUAUUAUAUCUAUUCAAUAGUUAUACAUUUAGCCUUCUCAUUCUAGGAGAAAGAAAUUGUCAUAUUUUUUCACCAUAAGUUAAAUUUUGAAAUGCAGAUUUCUUUCAAGAUAAGGUUACCUCUGAUUUUAAUAGACAAGUGAGAUGUAGAAAGUGAGUAAUAUUGUUAUUGUUCUAAUUUUAUUAUUCCAGACUUCUAGUUUAUUGCUGGUGCUGGUUAGAUUAUUCCAGAAAAUUAUUUUAGAUGGCCUUUAACGUAAUUGUGAUGGUUGUAAAUCAGAAAUAUGAUUGGUGCAUUUUGGUGUAUGAUAAUUAAUAAAGAACAAUUAAAUACCUAAAACAUAUGUCUUGUAUAAUUAUGAACAUAUUUGUGUUGCCUACUGAUAUUUGAAUUUAUAGUUUCUCCAGUUUGGUUGUAAAUUAUAUACCAAUUAUACUGUAAAAUUUUCUUAUCUCCUUGUGUAGGAUGUAUUUAUAGAUUAUCGUUGGUCAUGUCAACGAGAUUGAUUUUCUCGCUUGAGCCGGCACGGCAAAAGUGAGAAAAGCAAUCGAGUUGAGAUGACCAAUGAUAAUCUGUUUAUCGCUAUUUUACUUAUGACGACGUUGUUAAUUUCAUUGACAACGGCACGUGCGCCCUUAGUUUCUAGCGAUAAUUUUUCAUAUCACUCUACUGUGCUGAGAAAGGUAAUUAUCAGUCAGUAAGAUCAAAGGAAAAUUUCGUAAAAUAGCGAUAAAUAUAGAUUCUACCACUACAUCGAGUGUGAAACGAUAUUUAUCCACUGGAGACAGUUAAAUUUUCAAAUUUAAAACGGGAGGCGAGCCUCACGUUUUAAAUAUUUAAAAUUUAACUGUCUCAUGUGGAUAAAUAUCGUAUUGCAGGAGAUUUGGUGGUGGAAUCUGUUUCUCUAAUGAUUUUUAGACGAUAUGCAGACCAUCUUAAUCCUUCUUUACGAACAACCUGCAAACCACACAUUGAUUAAAUAAAAAUAAUCAACAGGCAAGGAAAAGGAUAAAUCGAGUAAGAAUUAGAGAAAUAGAUUUACCUCGGCUAAUCUAUAACAUUUAUUUUUUGCUUUUCUCUUGUUUUUAUUUUUUUAUGGUUUUUUAUAUUAAGUACUCAUCUUUAUUAAAAUAGACCUUACAAAGUGAAGUGUAAUCUGGUUUUUGGCUUUUUCACCUCAUGUUUGACAAUGUCAGUCCUUUUUUUUAAAAUAUGUAAUGUUCAUAUAUCAAAAUUUGUUCACACUUUUUGUCAGAAUAUGCAAAUCAGAGCGUAUUAAAAUCUAUGGAAGUUCCACUGUUGAAAAGGUUUUCAGCUCCUAUGUCUUUUUACUCCUCUUUUCUGAAUACAUACAUGGCCGUUUAUUAUAAAAGAUAUUUCCCAGCAUUUGCACACCAAAGGUUCUGGACAUGUUAAAUGUAGUGCCAAGCUUCGGCAUUGUAAGAUAUAUUUUUCACUUGUUCACGUCCUACACAAACUGUUUUACUAUCUGUUUAAUGAAUAAAUACCAAUAAUUCUGUU